UUAAACUGAUUCAACGAGAAAAACGAGACCUAGUACGCAACUUUAAUAAUAAACAUAAGCAAUCUAGAUAGGGAUUUGUGAAUUGUGACUGGUUGAGUGACGUCAGUAGGCGCAGAGAGUCCUGCGCAUCUGGUUCAGCCCUGAAAGCCGAGGUCCUUCGUGGCUGACCGAGAAGGGGACAGAAGGGCGACUCUCCGAUGAUCCGGCGGGCGUUUCACCGGUUCGUAUAGUAGCUGCUGGUGGCUGCUAAAAGCAGCGACGGGCGCAAGCUCAGAAGGAGUCGGCGUAGUCAAAUGGAUCGAAACGCUUAGUUGAAGCGCCGACUGGGCACUCGAUGUUGUCGUAGUGUAAAGCACCCAUUCGUAACACACUGUAAAAUAGGCACUUUUAUACAGAGAAAAGAAAAACAUAAAUGAAUAAACAUACACGCACAUCAUUGACGUAGAUCACUGUUAAACUAUAUUAAAUUACAACACGGCACGAAGGUCACACCGUAAUUGAUCCCCUUAGUAAACACACGCCACCCAUUUAAGUACUGCUAAAAUGUCGUGUCAAGUGGAUUGGAAGCGAGUCGUCCUCGUCUACGUUCUUCAGAUUUAUUCCUAUACAGCUGCAGUAGUUGUUUGGGUACAGUUGGACGUACCCAGAUACGUAGAAUAUCGAAGCACUGUAACAUUAAUCUGCAACCACAGCGUAUCUGAAAAUGUUUUGCAUAAGAUUGAAUUUUUGCGAAGUGGGUAUAAGAUAUUUCAGUACAUAAAAGAUCGGACACCACCAACUCAGACGCAUAAAGUUCCGGGCAUCGAAUUGCAGCCAACGUCUGCGAUGAACGUGAUUAAGUUGAAAGACGUUGGAUUUCAAGCGACUGGGGUUUAUUCCUGCGAAGUAUCAAUGGCGACUCCGAUUUACACUAUGGGUUCAGAUUCCGUGAACAUGGAAGUUAUUGUGCCUCAAUCGGAAGAUCCACGUAUAACAUUUAAGAAGCCUUAUUACGUUGUGGGAGAAAUCCUUGAAGCUAAUUGUACUUCGUCCCCCGCACAUCCGGCUCCCCAUAUAACUUGGUUCAUAAAUGGCAAAGAGGUUGAUGUUUUCCUGGUCAAGACAUUUCCCGUUAAAACACGUGAAAAUCAGCUAAUGUCAACGAUUGCGCAAUUGAACAUUGAAGUAUCAGCUCUGCAUGCCGGUGAGAACGGACGUUUAGAGAUCAGUUGUAAUUCAACGAUACCACCUUACCCUAUGCAGAACGGGCAAUAUGCUGAUUUCAAAUCAGAGACUAAGUCAAUUAAAAUCAUUUCUCUUCCUCUUACUCCGUCAACGGCGUCUAUAAGCUGUCACCGAGAUAACGUCGUGUUGUUGACAAUCAGCGGAAUCAUCGUAACUAGCGGAAUAACUAAUUAUUUGCAAUCGAUAGUCGUAAAACUAUUAGAUCUAAAUCAUAUUGUAUCAUAAAAAUAUUUUAGUUAUAUAUACAUAUCUAUAUUUACAAAUCUAAAGGUAUAAGAAUUCAAAAUGCAAACGAUGCAUGGUAACUUGGAAAAUAUAUUGAAGGUUAAAUCAACCAUUGCUCAUUGCUGGUAUAAAUAUUAAAUAUACGAUAAUAUAAGCAGGGAAGAAUAAUGUAAAAAUUUUUCUCUUUUUUUUCUCUCUCAAAUUAUUUCGUUUUAUUACUAAAGACCAUCGAGUAUUCACGAUCUGCAAUUUUCUUUUUGAUCGAUUUCUGAUUUUUGUAAAACUUUAUUUAAAUGACAUAAUUAUCUUGGCGGACAUAAUUAGCAGAACGAUUUUGGGACUAUUUGAAACAGUAGGAAACAAGUCUUUAAAGGAAAAAAACUGGACUGGUUUUGUUACUUUCAAUGCCUGUAGUUAUCUUCCCUGUAGCUAUCGAUAUACCUGAAUUUGAAAUCAUGGCGAGGUUGGAUUAUAUUUCCACUUGAUCGUGCACUAACUAUUGCAUCUUAUGAGUGGCGUAAAUUUUUUUUUUUUUAUACAUGUAUGGGCGACCGACAAUUACUUUAUUGGCUUAGUACACAAAUAAUCAUACGUGUUCUCUAUAUAUUAUAUAUUUUUGUGGCAAAUUUAAGGAUGGAGAAGAAAUAGGUAAGGAUAAAAUAAAGAUUAAACGUAAAUUCUUCAUCUCAGCAGGAUCAAUUGCAUGAUUCUAUUUUCGUUAUACUAUUUCGAGGUUUACAAAUAUAUAACUCUGAGCAAUUUACAUAAAAUUAGCUCGCGUUAAUUGUACCGAUUAUUUGGGAUCCAGCAUAUAGGCAUGGCUGACUAAUAUGGCGCCAAAAAAGCUCGCCGUUUGG